AACACACACACACACACACACACAGAGUAGUGUGUACCGAGUGCAAUUUUUUGGACCUCGGGGACCCGACUGAUCAUUCCGACUGGCUUUACUGUCUCGGCUAUUAAAAAAGAAGUCUUACCUUCAGAUGAUUCAGCCAGGAUCCACUGGAGGGACUACACUUCCCAGAAUGCAUUGGAAUCCCUCAGGAGAAGCCAGAAGAGCAGCUGAGAAGAAAAGAGAACAAAUCCAAAGUUUGAAAUCUGAUUUUAAUGUUUUUGUUGUUGUGUAAAGACUCCGAGGAUUGUUUCUGUACAUUCUCACAGUGACUGUUACUUACAGAACAUUUACUCAAAAUGUUGCACUUUCACAGUAAAAUAUGAUGAAAUAGCAGACGGAAAUUGUAAAAUAUUCAGGCGUUUCAUCGCAAUAAAUCAAAUGUUCAACUUAACUGAUACAACAUUAAGCUGUGAAAACUCAACUCAAAGUGUUUUGUAUUACGUUAUGGAUAUAAUCUCCAGAUGAAGUUGUAGUGAGGUGCUAAAUUGUGUGAUUUGUUGUUGAGUUCAAGAGGGACUUUGAGCUUCUGAGCUGUUUUAUGAUUUGAUAUUGAGAUUUUAUGUUUAUGGCACAUGCUAACUCAUAAAUAAUAUCCUGCACGGCAGCAGCUCAGACGUGGGACCACAGCAACAAGUUCAUGUUUAAUAACCUGAAGUUUAAUCCAAUGUCUCUGACAUUCAGCCACUAAUGAACAUGGACUCUAGAGUCUUCUUCCUCUUGACUCUGGCUGCCUGUAGAGCUGGAGCUCAGUCCACCAUAACAUCAGAAGCACCAAGUAUCACCGACACAACAACAACAACAACAACAACCAUCCCUGCUACUGGUACUACUAUUACUACUACUGACCAAACCGGUACUACUGUACCAACUGAAAAUGUUGUAUCACCCGCUUCUACUGGACCAACUGAAACUGUAUCACCCGAUUCUACUGGACCAACUGAAACUGUAUCACCCGAUUCUACUGGACCAACUGAAACUGUAUCACCCGCUUCUACUAGACCAACUGAAACUGUAUCACCCGAUUCUACUGUACCAACUGAAAAUGUUGUAUCACACGCUUCUACUGGACCAACUGAAAAUGUUGUAUCACACGCUUCUACUGGACCAACUGAAAAUGUUGUAUCACAUGCUUCUACUGGACCAACUGAAACUGUAUCACCCGCUUCUACUGGACCAACUGAAACUGUAUCACCCGAUUCUACUGUACCAACUGAAAAUGUUGUAUCACACGCUUCUACUGGACCAACUGAAACUGUAUCACCCGAUUCUACUGUACCUACUGAAAAUGUUGUAUCAUACGCUUCUACUGGACCAACUGAAAAUGUUGUAUCACAUGCUUCUACUGUACCAACUGAAAAUGUUGUAUCACAUGCUUCUACUGGACCAACUGAAAAUGUUGUAUCACAUGCUUCUACUGGACCAACUGAAACUGUAUCACCCGCUUCUACUGGACCAACUGAAACUGUAUCACCCGAUUCUACUGUACCAACUGAAAAUGUUGUAUCACACGCUUCUACUGGACCAACUGAAACUGUAUCACCCGCUUCUACUGGACCAACUGAAACUGUAUCACCCGAUUCUACUGUACCAACUGAAAAUGUUGUAUCACACGCUUCUACUGGACCAAUUGAAACUGUAUCACCCGAUUCUACUGUACCAACUGAAACUGCUGUAUCACCCGCUUCUACUGGACCAACUGAAACUGUAUCACCCGAUUCUACUGUACCAACUGAAAAUGUUGUAUCACACGCUUCUACUGGACCAACUGAAGCUGUAUCACCCGAUUCUACUGUACCAAAUGAAACUGUAUCACCCGAUUCUACUGUACCAACUGAAACUGCUGUAUCACCCGCUUCUACUGGACCAACUGAAACUGUAUCACCCGAUUCUACUGUACCAACUGAAAAUGUUGUAUCACACGCUUCUACUGGACCAACUGAAACUGUAUCACCCGCUUCUACUGUAUCAACCCAUGCUCCUGAAACAAGCCUUCCUACUGAAACAACCCUUACUAAUGAACCAACUGGUACUACUGAACCAACCGGUACUACUGAAACAACCUUUACUAAUGAACCAACUGGUGCUACUGUACAAACAUCUGAGUAUACUGUUGCUGCUACUACUACUACUACUACUACUACUACUACUACUACUACUAAUAUGUAUACUGAUACUACUGAGUAUACCGCUGCUAUUACUACUACUCCUGUGAAUCCUACUACUACUAUGGAUUCUACUAUUACUACUACUUCUCCUCAUACUACUACUACUACAAGGCCUACUACUCCUCAUCAUAGUACUACUACUACUACUACUACUACUACUACAAGGCCAACUACUCCUCAUCAUAGUACUACUACUACUACUACUACUACUACUACUACUCCCCCUCCUCUGGUUUGUAAAAACGGGGGUAGACCUCUGAACGGCGUCUGUAUCUGUCCGGACGACUGGACCGGAAAGACCUGCUCAGUAGAGAAUUUCUGCCGAGCCCAGAAGAUAAGAGGAUUCAACUUCCCACGAACACCCAUCGGCUGGUACGCUUAUUCUAAGGAAAUCUGUCCCCCAGGAACGAGUGGCGCGGGUAAACCCCAGGCUUCCACCAGAUGUUCCAACAGGAACACACCCCCGAGUUUCCAGGAGCCGCGUGAACUCCAGUGUGGACAGACCCUCAUCGACAUACAACAAAAUCUGAACGGCUCGGCAGAUUUAGAGACGCUGGCGGCGAGCGCUCAGAUGCUGACGUCCCAACCUGAAAAUCUGACGGCUGAAGAAGUGACGACGGCCGCUCAGAUCGCCGACACGCUGCUGUCGUCUGAGAACGUCUCACAGAGCGUGAGGGAGGCAGCUGUAGCGACCGUCAGCCAGAUUCUGAACACCAACCCUCCAGACAACAUCCAGGAAAACAACGCUACUCUCAGGCUGACGCAGACCCUGUCCAGCCUGUCGGUGGACCUGAGUCUGAUCUCCAAUGAUUCUAAGUUGGUUCAGCCAAACAUCGUGGUCCAGUCGGCUCAGAUCUCGGCGGCCGACACUCAGGGAGUCCAGUUCACUGCGCUGUCAGGAACGUCGGGAAGUUUCGUUGCCGACCGCAUCCAGCUGGACACCAACACGUCGGCCAUCGCCGUGGAAACCGGCUUCAUUGCAGACGCCGUCGUUUACCUCCAGUUCCCCCCAGGUGGUGCUGCCGGCCGUCUCCAGACUCCGUCCAACGUAUCUGUGGGUUUCGUCCUCUACCAGAACGACCACUUCUUCCACUCGCGGCGCUACAGGCGGCGCCGGGCCUCCGUCAGGGUCCUGUCGGCCAACGUCAGCGGUCUGGAGCCACAACAGGUCCAGAUGCUCUUCAGACCAAUGCUUCUGAACGGUACGUCUCUGUGGGACUUCUCGUGUGUUUUUUGGAACUACACUUUGGAGGAUUGGAGCGCGGCUGGCUGCUGGAAGGGAAACCAUUCAGAUGGAGUCCUCCGAUGUUUCUGCAACCACACAACCAACUUCGCUGCUCUCUGGUCCUUCAGAGAGAAUUAUGAAUAUGCAGAAGUGCUGGAUACAUUUUCUAUAGUUGGACUUUCUUUCUCCAUCCUGGGUUUGGUUGUUACGAUAAUUCACCACAUUACAGACAACUUUAAGAGAAACAGUGGCGACUGGAAGAACUACAGGAACUCCCAGCUUGCUUUGCUGAGUACAUGUUUCAGCCUGCUGGCCUUCAUCAUCACCUUCCUCUCUGGCGUCACAAACCGGCGACAGGACGCUGGCGAAGACGACGCGUUGCUCGACACCGAGACCAACGGCGUUCUGGACUCUGACGAAUAUGUGGCGGCGGACAGCGGCCCAUGUUCGGGGGUGACGGCGCUGCUUCACUUCUUCCUGUUAGCUACGUUCAUGUGGAACAGCAUGUACGCCACACAGCUGGUGCUGCUCGUCCGCAAGAUGCGCCAGAACCUGCCGCCAUACUGGACGCCGCUCAGCGCCACCGUGGGAUGGGGAGUCCCAGCUGUCGUCAUGGCGAUUACACUGGGAAUUGCCUACAGGGUGGACGACCCUUUAGGAUAUAGACAGGAGGAAUUUUGCUGGCUGGCAGCGCUGGAUAAAUCCAAAGACUUUGACUUUGGGAAGCCGAUGUUUUGGGGUUUUCUGCUUCCUAUCGGUUUGAUUCUGAUCUACAACAUCGUUCUGUUGGUUCUGGUCUCUCAGACCACCUGCAGGACCGACCCCACCCUCACAAGCAGUAAUCCUCGGUCCGUGUGGAGGAACUUUCUGAUCAGUUUCUCUCUGGCUGUGUUACUCGGUUUGUCCUGGACCCUGGGUUACCUGGUGCUGGUUACCACGGGAUACGCCCACCUGGUGCUCAGCAUCCUCUUCUGCCUCUGCACCACCACACAGGGGCUCCAGAUAUUCGUCCUGUUCACCGCCAGAAAGCCGAGCUUCAGAGCUGGCGUGUUGCAAGUGGUUCAUACCAUCUCGUCUGUCAACAUCCAACUCAGAGAGUUUUCAUAUAAUCUGCUGAGAGAAUGGACUCACUCUACUGAGUCCUACAGAGAGCUGACAGUCUAGAGACUUUUUUUUGGGGGGGGGGGAACGACACGGAGGAACCAGUUGCAGCAAUUUCUGUCACACAAUAUAUGACUAUUGUUAUGAAAAUAUGUAUUUUUUCCCUUAAAAUAUGAAACUUUUAUUCUGAAAAUAUUUUUUAUUUUUUCCC